AUGGGUGUACUACUAUCAAAGGGGAAGUCAUUCGAGAAGGAGUUGGUAGAGAUUGAGGAGAAGAUACUAAAGUAUGAGGCACAGGUAUCGAAUGCUCGUGGUGUACAAUCAAGACUGGUACGACGUACCAUUAUCUUUGGCAUAAUGCUAGAGUUGGUGUUGAUUGCAUGGGUAUACCUAAACUCACGAAGAGACCAACAUUAUCAACUGCUUCACAUUGCAUCUCUAGUCAUACUACCAUUCAUAGUGUACAUAUUCACAAGGGCGAUCAACUCUACAUAUUGCUACUUUAUUGGAAGGAAGGAGAGAACAUUGGUUGCACUUAAGGCACAGAUGAUAAAGAGGAUAAAUGACCGUAAGAAGGAGACAGACUAUGAGAACACUCAAAAGCUAAUUGACAAGUAUAACGCAUUGAUGAAGAGGAAGAGCUCCCAAUCAUCAUCGACGACUACAACAUCACCACAACCAUUGGGCAAUAGAGGAUCACCUGCACAUGAUAGUAACACUCCUGUCAACAAUAGACAGAACAACACAAACACUCGUAACAAUGCGGCAUUGAUUCAAUCACCGGAUAGUUCGAAUAUUAGACAACGUCACUCGGUGUCUCAAUCUAGUGCGGCUACCAUUGCCACCACUGCGCCUACCUCACCAAUGAGAACACCAGGCGGUAGAGGUGGUUCAAAGACAUCUUCAUCGUCGGAACAACCGACAACGCCGACACAGUCACCACAACAACAACAACAACAACGAUCAUUCUUUGACAAGAUUGUGGACUAUCUCAUCAAUGAUGGUCCAAGAUAUGGAUCACCAAUCAUCUGUGCCAAGUGUCACAGUCACAAUGGAUACGUUCCAUCAAGCGAGUUGGCCUCAAUCCAGUUCAGAUGUAGAUAUUGCCAGAGCUUCAAUCAAAGAGGUGGAACAAUAUAUGAACUGCCAGCAGCUGCGGAUAAGUCUAGACCAUCAUCGGAGGUAGAUGACAAGGUGGAGGUGGAUCAUCCUGAACUUGAUAACAACUCAUUUGCCACAGAAGCGUCACCAACAAAAGGAGAUGUGUUGGAAUUGAACACUUCUGCAUCCAAAGAUGUCGCCAAGGUAGUUGACAAAUCCAAACCCAUGGCUAAAGCCAAGAAGGUCAAGGCAUGA